AAAAUUGCUUCCGAGUUAUUCCAACUCCAAGCGCAUCGUUCCAUAUAUAGCCUUUUAUUGGCACAAUGCAACCGCACCCGUAAUGGCGACAAUGCCGACACCGCAAACCGCAACGCGCGUCGCCUCCGGCGGCCGGCUCGUGUUCGGCAAGCCUGGGAAGGCCAAGGGAGGGAGACUGCUUGUGAGGAGCUGUGACAAUGGCGGCCGCGGGGGUAAUGGCAGACGGGUCACCGUGGAAGCUGUCAACGGCGCUGUCAAGCUGAACGGCGCCGCGGUGGUGGCCGACGUUCGGCAGGUACCCGCGCCGCCGCCACCGUCAUCCGUGGACGGCGGCGGCGAUGUCCGGCUCGGUAAGUUUGUGGAAGGGAGGCUCCUGUACAGGCAGCAGUUUGUGAUCAGGUCCUACGAGAUCGGGCCUGACCGGACUGCCACCAUGGAGACCAUCAUGAACCUCCUGCAGGAGACAGCUCUGAACCAUGUGAUGUGCUCUGGGCUUGCCGGAGACGGCUUCGGCGCGACGCGGCAGAUGAGCCUCAGGAAGCUCAUCUGGGUGGUCACAAGAAUCAACAUCCAGGUCGACAAGUACAGCAGAUGGGGAGACGUCGUCGAGAUCGACACCUGGGUCGCGUCGUCAGGGAAGAACGGCAUGCGCCGAGACUGGAUCAUCCGGGACCGCAGCACCAAGAACAUGAUCGCAAGAGCCACAAGCAACUGGGUGAUGAUGAACCGAGAGACCCGGAGGCUGUCCAAGAUCCCCGAGGAGGUCAGGCAGGAGGUGCUUCCCUUCUACCUCGACAGGAGCAUCAUCGCCGCCGACGCCGACGCCGGCGGCCGCAAGAUCGAGAAGCUCACCGACUCGACGGCGGAGCACAUAAGAUCAGGACUAGCUCCCAGGUGGAGCGACAUGGAUGUCAACCAGCACGUGAACAACGUCAAGUACAUCGGCUGGAUCCUCGAGAGCGUGCCGCUGGACGUGCUGGAGGACUACCACCUGACGAGCAUCACGCUCGACUACCGCCGGGAGUGCCGCCAGUCGCAGCUCCUCGAGUCGCUCACCAGCAUGACGACGACCUCGUCGCCGGCGACCAGCCGGUGCAGCGCCGACCUACACAGCACGCAUCUGAUACGGCAGCAGGAUGACGGAGCCGAGAUCGUCAGGGCGCGUGCGGAGUGGCGUUGCAAGGAGCAUCGAAGGGCGAUGAAACAGCCCUGACAUGCAGACAUGCAGUUGUGUAGUGGUAAACUCUGUUUUGUAUUUGCUUGCGUCCAUUUUAAAAUUUGUGUGUGUUCUUACUUCUUAGGUUCUUCAUUCUUUUGCCCUUCUGGGAUGUGAGAUCUGCUGUGUGAUUGAAAAUUUUCAAACUCCAUGAAUAAGGCUACUUCACUUACCGAAUAUGUAAAGGAAGUUCGGUUGAAUUUCAUAAUGCUAUACUAA